AUGACGACUCGCUACACCGAAGCGCACCUCCCCUCUAACCUAACCGGGCCAGGCGACUCCCGCCCGACCGCGCUCCAGAUCAUCGCGGACAACAAGCUCGAAAACGCCCUGGAGGACAAAGUCGUCCUGGUGACGGGCUGUUCGAGUGGUAUCGGGGUUGAGACCGUGCGGGCGCUCAAGGUCACAGGGGCCAGGAUCUACGCGGCAGUGCGGAACCUCGAAAAGGGCCGCGCGGCGCUCGCGGACAUGCUGCUGGAGUCAGGGCGGACAGGGAGGGUCGAGCUGCUCCAGCUCGACACGGCGGACUUUGCGAGCGUGCGGCGCUGCGCGGCGGACUUCCUCGCCAGGGAGAAGCAGUUGAACAUUCUCAUCACCAACGCGGGGAUCAUGGCCGUGCCAGACCGGCAACUCACGCGCGACGGCCACGAGCUGCAGUUCCAGACCAACCACCUGGGGCAUUUCCUGCUGUUUGAGCUGCUCAAGCCCGCGCUGCUGGCCGGCUCGAGUCCGGCGUUCCACUCGCGCGUCGUCGUCGUCUCGUCUAUCGGCCACCGGCAAUCGCGCAUCGUGUUCGACGACCUCUCGCUCUCCCGCGACGGCGCGUACACACCCUUUGGCGCGUACGGCCAGUCCAAGACGGCAAACAUCUACAUGGCCAACGAGAUCGAGCGGCGCUAUGGCGGCCGCGGCGGCCCGCUGCACGCGUGGUCGCUGCACCCAGGCGGCAUCGACACCGGCUUGCAAGUGCACGCCGACUUCUCGGCCCUCUUGGCCUUGCCAGAGAUCCGACGGGGCAUGAAGUCUUUGCAGCAGGGCGCCGCGACGUCGGUGCUGGCCGCCGUGGGCACCGAGCUAGAGGGCAAAGGGGGGAAAUUCCUCGACGACUGCGCCGUCAGUAGUCCCGUGGACAUCGACCAGGCUGACGUCUUGCAGGCCCCCAGCCAUGCCGAGUGGUGCUACGAUGUCGAGGCCGCCAAGAGGUUGUGGUCUGUCAGUUGCCAGCUCGUGGGCGUGGAGGACGAGGAAUGA